CGGGCAGGCAGGAAGGCGAGGCACCCCGGACCAACCCCUCCUCCCGUCUCCCCCCCCCCCACCCCCCACCCCCACCUCCACAUCCACCGGCGGGCAAUCGUGACGGUUCUUAUGGUGCACGAUGACGAAGUCCUAUGGCGAGGCUGAUGCAGAGCAUCAGGCCGAGGAGAGGGAGAACAGGUUCGCACACCUUUUGCAGCCCAUUCGUGACCUCUCUGCCAACUGGAACAUCGACUUGGCCAAGGAGUUGGAGGCCUACCUAGCAGAACUCGAGGGGAUAAAGUUUUCUGUUGACGACAACGAAUUGUUGCUGAGCUUCAACUUUUCGGAAGCUGCCCUUCUUUUGCAAGGCUCAGCAGCCAUCUAUGGCAGGAAGGUGGAGCACUUGCAUGCCUUAGUGUUUCAGGCCUUGGCCCUGUUCCAGCGGCGAAGUGAGGAAGAGGGUGAAGGUCAGGAAGAUGGCGGAAACGGAGCGGACGAGCGUCGUCCCAAGCGCGGGGAGAGCAGAGAUGGUGGUGGUGGUGAAGAGGAGGACUUUGCAAUGUUCAUGUCUUCUGGAGAGCUUGACAUGGCUGCCAGCAAAGACAUCAACCUGGGCACGUCCUUGGAUGAUCAGAUGGAAACCAGCAGAUCGGCAGCUGCUGCUUCGGGUCGCAUGCCUGAGAUUCUGCUAGCUAUCGAGGAAGACGUCCAGCCCGGGGCCAAUGGGACAGGAGUGUUCUCUGCAGAAAUUGCAUCGUACAAGACCAAAGCUUGUGGUAUGCACCGCUCGGGGGCAUUGCUGCUGCAUCUGAGAGAUGGAGAUCAUCUCGGUGUCGAUCUGUGUCCCAUAACCGAUGCUUCGGCAGCACGCGCAGGCACAGAUGGCGGCGGCAAAGCUGUCAGCCCGGACAGAGCGCAGAGGGCGUCUUCCAAAACUGACGGCUUGCACGGGGAUGUUCCAAUGGAGCAGCAUCCUGGGCCGGCUGCUGCUGCUGGGCGCGAGGAGGCUCCUGUCGAUGGUAAUUGUGAUGCUGAUGAUGUGGCGGGUCUCAAUGACAUGGAUUUUGGAGGAAGCAGCCCUAUGCAAUGUGAGGAUUUUGGUUAUGAUAAUAGAGCUUGUCAGUCGGGAAACCCUGCAGAAUUGCCAACGCCAAAUAGAUGUCGACAACAAGAGGCCGAGCGCAAUGGCCCGGAGGAAGAAGAAGAAGAGGAGGAGGAGGAGGAGUUUGAAGAUCCAUGGGAAGCCCUGGAUCCGUACGAUCCGGGUGACCCAUCCCUGCAGAAACCUAUAAAGACGUGGGAAAGAGGAAGUCGAUGGAAAAGAAUGACGGAGCCGCGACGUCCAAAAGGGGCUGGAGGCGCUCUCAAGAAGGAGCCUUUUCCUUUGGCUUCGCCAAAUUCUCCUCUUUACCAGGACUUCUUGGGGGUCUUGCAUAAAAUAAAGCUCUUGCAGAGCAGGGACAAGAAGGGUGAUUCUUCUCGACAUGGGAGGAGUCGGUCUGCGGCACCAAAUGCCUUUGAGGAUCCGCAGCAUGACCCAGUUGGUGUCUUUGCUGCUGCUGCUGCUGCUGCUGCUGAGGAUAAUGAUGUUGGCAAUGGAUGGGACUGUAAUGAGCACCUGGACGGCGAUUACGGAGGAGGAAUAUCAGACUGUGAAAUGGGCAAUGGAGAUGUGGAAGGACAGAAAGAAGGCAAUCCAGGAGCCUCUGGCAGUGGAAAGAAUGCAGAUGGCACCGAGGGAAUGGUGUUUGAUGGGUUAGGAGAGAAUGCAGAUUGCCAGAACUUGUAUGAAGAUCUCUGUCGUGCUCAGAUCGAUGAGAUGCUGAAAAGUGCAGCAGCUGCAGAAGUGCAGUCCGAGCUCGCUGCGCGUGUGGCAGAGUGGAAGACGAAGAUAGAGCCUGCACUGGAGGUUCAAGAUGCACGCCCUGAAUUCGACAUCCAUGCUUACGGUGAGAGACUUCUGGAUCGCCUGGAAGUCGCCACAGCGACGCAAGGUAUUGCCGCCUCUCAGCAAAAGAGCAACGGGAAAAAGUCAUCGUUCUCGAACCUGGUAUCCGGUUUUAAAAAGUAUGACGUCUCUAGGUCUUUUGCAGCCAUGCUUCAGCUUGUAAAUAAUGGCAACAUCAAGCUGGAACUGGAGGGCAACAGUCUUCCGUUCUGCUUCACCGCUUCCAACACCUUCAGCGUCAGACUCCUCAACACGCGAAAGCCGCACCAGGAAAUGCUCCGCCGUCAAGCCUUAUCUCCAACUGCCGCUGCCGCUGGCAAAUCCAUUCCUUGUUCAAAAGGAAAGGAUGCUGCGUCUCGGCCAACGCAGGGGCCAUUCCGACAACCCACCACGGCGUCUCACGCAACCAAGUCAGCUCGCAAUGCCGCUCGGCAGCCCGCUCGCGCUGGGGUGGCAGAGGGCCCUGGUGUGACACCUGUGGAACCAGAGGUGUUGGAUGGCUGUUUGACUCAAGAGCGCCAUGGGCCAACCACCCCGGUGCAACAAGGUACAAAGCGACAAAAGAAGGCAAGGACCCCUGAACCGUCCACAACGGUUUCGAGAAGCAGAUUGCCCUGUGGAGACAUCAACUCAGUGCGGCGAGUUGCUGUUCCGAUUAGAACACACCUCACUCGUGCAGCAGCGGCGUCCCCAUCUACACCGGAAUGGGCACGGUUAGGGAGAGUGGCAGCGGGAGGAGCACGGAAGCUUGAAGAAUACGUGAACAGGGAGAGGAAGAGACAGGCGGGCCCAACUUCGUCACCGCAAAGAGAUGUGGAAAAUACACCCAGGUCCCCUGGCAGAAGGGAAGCAAGGAAUGCAGCAAAGGUAGGACAGAGGAUGCAACAAGAUGCAGCAGUUUCAAAGCAAACACCAGAUGGAAAGAAAAGGCGCAAAUCGCAGCGGGCGGCUGGGCGAGAAGCGCUACAUGUGAUUAAGUGAGAACACCUGUACAGUGUAACUUUCUCUCCUUGGUUCAACACACUUGCUUAACUCUAGUGAAAUGUGUGCUUGAACCUGAAGCGCCACAAGGAAGAGUUGUCCAGAGCUUUGCUUGCGUCCCAUUCUGUAUUUUAUUCUGUGUUACGUGCUUUUUUACCAUCUUAUGGAGCUGCUGUCAAUGAAUAAAAGAGUGAGCU